AUGUGGCCAAUGGAUGACAGUGAGACAGAUGACAAAAUACUUGAUAACCUGAACUCGCUGCUCACCGAAGAGGAGAUGGCCUCCCUCUGCGAUGCCUUCCGGCAGAGCAACAUCCCACCUGAGAGCAGCCUGAGCCUGGAGGAUUUCCUGCGCUACAAGGGCCUCGGGGGGCAGCCCAGCAGCGAGGAAGAAAAGGCGUUCCACGCCCUGCAGUUCGGGGCCCUGGACGCUGGGCAGGAGGGCCACGUCACCUGGACGGAUUUCCUCUCCCACGAGUCCCUGCUGCUGCUGCAGAGAACACGCACGCAGGAGGGGCUGCUGCACCUGCUGACGGGCAAGGAGAGGGAGCGGGCGCGGGAGGCCUUCCUGGCCCUCAACCGCCAGGGGGACGGGCUCAUCAGCCAGGAACAGAGCCGACGCUCCCAGCACGCUUGGUUCCGAAAGCGGCCUCCGGGGGUUCCCUCCUCCAUCGCCAGCGCCAGCCAGGUGGACGCCGUCUCUGAAGGCAACAGCCCAAAGCAGGAGGACCAAGAGCUUCCCAAAGAAGAGCCAGAGGAACCCAG